AUGGCACCACCCAAAACUAGCGGCAGCACUGCAUCAGCAACACCUAAAGGCUCGACAGCGUCUCUAAACCCUGCUAUCCAGUCGCUCUGGAAGUCCUACAAUGUCGACACAUCGCCUCGACUGAAGCUUAUUGACGCCUUCCUGGUGUUCAUCAUGCUUACUGGCAUUGCACAAUUUCUGUACUGCAUUCUUGUCACCAAUUUCCCAUUCAAUGCAUUCCUUGCCGGUUUUGCGAGUUCUGUCGGUCAAUUUGUCUUAACGGCAUCCCUCCGCUCGCAAGUUAACCCCGAAAACAAGCAGAGCUUCGCAGACGUCUCGCCGGAAAGAGCUUUCGCGGACUUUGCAUUUGGUUCCAUCAUUCUCCACUUCUUUGUAUUUAACUUCUUAGGAUGA